AACCGCGGAGCGCCGCCCCGGAGGAAGGGGAGGAGGCCGGGUGUUUCCUGGUGCAUUCCCGACCCGCCCAAGUGACUCAUUGGGGUAGGAAAGCUCCCGGGGCCGCCCUGGACAACCGAAGGCGGCGCAGACCAGGAUGGCUGCCCAAGUGACACUAGAGGAUGCACUGUCCAAUGUGGACCUCCUGGAGGAGCUACCUUUGCCUGACCAGCAGCCCUGCAUUGAGCCCCCACCAUCCUCGCUGCUCUAUCAGCCAAAUUUCAACACCAACUUUGAAGACAGAAAUGCAUUUGUCACUGGCAUUGCAAGAUACAUCGAACAAGCAACUGUCCACUCUAGCAUGAACGAGAUGCUAGAGGAAGGCCAAGAAUAUGCUGUCAUGCUGUACACAUGGAGGAGCUGCUCCCGUGCCAUCCCUCAGGUGAAGUGCAACGAGCAGCCUAAUAGAGUUGAAAUUUAUGAGAAAACCGUGGAAGUCCUUGAACCUGAGGUUACAAAACUGAUGAAUUUUAUGUACUUUCAGAGAAAUGCCAUCGAGCGUUUCUGUGGGGAAGUGAGGCGACUGUGUCAUGCUGAGAGGAGAAAGGACUUUGUGUCUGAAGCCUACUUGAUCACCUUGGGCAAAUUUAUCAACAUGUUUGCUGUGUUGGAUGAGCUGAAGAACAUGAAGUGCAGUGUGAAGAAUGACCACUCAGCAUAUAAGAGGGCUGCUCAGUUUUUACGUAAAAUGGCAGAUCCACAAUCUAUCCAGGAGUCACAGAAUUUGUCCAUGUUCCUGGCCAACCACAACAAGAUUACACAAUCUCUGCAGCAGCAGCUUGAGGUCAUUUCUGGCUAUGAAGAACUCCUGGCAGACAUCGUGAAUUUGUGUGUGGAUUACUAUGAGAACAGAAUGUACUUGACGCCCAGCGAAAAACACAUGCUUCUCAAAGUCAUGGGAUUUGGUCUGUACCUGAUGGAUGGGAGUGUGAGUAACAUCUACAAACUAGAUGCCAAGAAAAGAAUAAAUUUAUCCAAAAUAGACAAGUACUUCAAGCAGCUGCAGGUGGUUCCACUUUUUGGAGAUAUGCAAAUAGAACUGGCAAGAUACAUCAAGACCAGCGCACACUAUGAGGAGAAUAAGUCCAGGUGGACCUGCACGUCCUCCAGCAGCAGCCCACAGUACAACAUCUGUGAGCAGAUGAUCCAGAUCCGUGAAGACCACAUGCGUUUCAUCUCUGAGCUGGCACGUUAUAGCAAUAGCGAGGUAGUCACAGGGUCCGGCCGGCAGGAAGCCCAGAAGACAGAUGCCGAGUACCGGAAGCUCUUCGACCUGGCUUUGCAGGGCCUGCAGCUUCUGUCGCAGUGGAGCGCUCAUGUGAUGGAAGUGUAUUCCUGGAAACUUGUACAUCCAACCGACAAGUACUCCAACAAGGACUGCCCCGACAAUGCUGAGGAGUACGAGCGUGCCACACGCUACAACUACACCACUGAGGAGAAGUUUGCCCUGGUGGAGGUGAUUGCCAUGAUCAAAGGCCUGCAGGUGCUGAUGGGCAGGAUGGAGAGUGUGUUCAACCAUGCCAUCAGGCACACGGUUUAUGCUGCACUUCAGGACUUCUCCCAGGUGACCCUCAGGGAACCACUGCGACAGGCCAUCAAGAAGAAAAAGAACGUCAUCCAGAGUGUCCUACAGGCCAUCAGGAAGACUGUAUGUGACUGGGAGACUGGGCACGAGCCCUUUAAUGACCCAGCUCUGCGGGGAGAGAAGGACCCUAAGAGUGGCUUUGACAUCAAGGUGCCACGCCGUGCUGUGGGACCCUCCAGCACACAGCUUUACAUGGUGAGAACUAUGCUAGAGUCCCUCAUUGCAGACAAAAGUGGUUCCAAGAAAACCUUGAGAAGUAGCCUUGAGGGGCCCACCAUAUUGGACAUAGAAAAAUUUCAUCGAGAAUCAUUCUUCUACACUCACUUGAUAAAUUUCAGUGAAACACUGCAGCAGUGCUGUGACCUUUCCCAGCUGUGGUUCCGAGAGUUCUUCCUGGAGCUGACCAUGGGCAGGAGGAUCCAGUUCCCCAUUGAGAUGUCUAUGCCCUGGAUUCUGACUGACCACAUCCUAGAGACCAAGGAGGCAUCAAUGAUGGAGUACGUCCUCUACUCCUUGGACCUAUACAACGACAGUGCUCACUAUGCGCUCACCAAGUUCAACAAGCAGUUUCUCUAUGAUGAAAUUGAGGCAGAGGUGAAUCUGUGUUUUGACCAAUUUGUUUAUAAACUGGCAGACCAGAUAUUUGCAUAUUACAAGGUUAUGGCAGGAAGUUUGCUUCUUGACAAAAGGUUACGAUCAGAAUGCAAAAAUCAGGGAGCCACGAUCCACCUCCCACCGUCUAACCGCUAUGAGACGUUGCUGAAGCAAAGGCAUGUGCAGUUGCUCGGGAGAUCCAUUGAUCUCAAUCGUCUGAUUACACAGCGUGUUUCAGCAGCCAUGUACAAAUCUCUAGAACUGGCAAUUGGACGAUUUGAAAGUGAAGAUUUAACAUCAGUAGUUGAGCUAGAUGGGCUCUUAGAAAUCAACCGUAUGACACACAAGCUGCUGAGCAGGUACCUCACGCUAGACAGCUUUGAUGCCAUGUUCCGGGAAGCCAACCACAAUGUGUCUGCACCUUAUGGAAGAAUUACCCUCCAUGUCUUCUGGGAGCUAAACUAUGACUUCUUGCCCAACUACUGCUAUAACGGCUCCACCAACCGGUUUGUUCGGACAGUAUUGCCAUUUUCUCAGGAGUUUCAAAGAGACAAACAACCUAAUGCACAGCCUCAGUAUUUACAUGGAUCCAAGGCUUUGAACCUAGCCUACUCAAGCAUUUAUGGCAGCUACCGGAACUUUGUGGGGCCUCCUCACUUCCAAGUCAUCUGCCGGCUACUUGGCUACCAGGGCAUUGCAGUAGUCAUGGAAGAGUUGCUGAAGGUUGUCAAGAGCCUGCUGCAAGGCACAAUCCUGCAGUAUGUGAAAACUCUGAUGGAAGUGAUGCCCAAGAUCUGCCGUCUUCCACGACAUGAGUACGGCUCUCCUGGCAUCCUAGAGUUCUUCCACCACCAGCUGAAGGACAUUGUGGAGUAUGCAGAGCUGAAAACUGUAUGCUUCCAGAACCUGCGGGAGGUGGGAAAUGCUGUUCUCUUCUGCCUGCUCAUCGAGCAAAGCCUGUCUUUAGAAGAAGUCUGUGACCUGUUGCAUGCAGCUCCUUUCCAGAAUAUCUUACCUCGCAUCCAUGUAAAAGAGGGGGAGAGAGUUGAUGCCAAAAUGAAAAGACUAGAAUCCAAGUAUGCCCCACUGCAUCUUGUCCCUCUGAUUGAAAGGCUGGGGACCCCACAGCAAAUUGCAAUUGCAAGAGAGGGGGACUUGCUGACCAAGGAGCGGCUCUGUUGUGGUCUGUCCAUGUUUGAAGUCAUCCUGACACGGAUCCGGACCUUUCUGGAUGAUCCUAUCUGGCGUGGGCCCCUGCCCAGCAAUGGGGUCAUGCACGUGGAUGAGUGUGUGGAGUUUCACAGACUAUGGAGUGCCAUGCAGUUUGUUUACUGCAUUCCUGUAGGGACACAUGAGUUUACAGUAGAGCAGUGUUUUGGAGAUGGUCUCCACUGGGCUGGCUGCAUGAUCAUUGUACUUCUUGGACAGCAGCGGCGCUUUGCUGUGUUGGAUUUCUGCUAUCAUCUUCUCAAAGUUCAGAAACAUGAUGGCAAAGAUGAGAUCAUCAAAAAUGUGCCAUUGAAGAAGAUGGUGGAGAGGAUUCGCAAAUUCCAGAUUCUCAAUGAUGAGAUCAUCACUAUCCUGGACAAGUACUUGAAAUCUGGCGAUGGGGAGAGCACACCUGUGGAACAUGUACGCUGCUUUCAGCCACCCAUCCACCAAUCCCUAGCCAGCAGCUGAGGGCUAAGCUCACAGCAUCCCAGUAACUGAUGGCAUGUUUGUCUUUAUGUAAACUAUAUUGAAAUUUUUAGGGGCUAUUUUCCAUUAUGACUGAACCUACUUAAGGGGGUACUUUUUGAUCUGAAAGCUUAACUUUAUAAAACUUACUUAUUUUUCUAUACUAAAAUUGUAUAUGCCUUUGAAAUUGGGAAGUCUGAGAAUAUAUGGCUACUAGUUGUUGCCAUUAUGGUCUUAACAAAUAUUUUCAUGCUGAAUAUUCCAGUAGCUAACUAUAAAAUGCUAAAUUCACUCAUCCUGUAAAAACAUAAUACCAACUAAUUGUAUUUAAAAAAAAAAAACUCUACCAAUUACUUUUAAAUUUAAUGACUAGCUUUGUUUAGGGAUUUUUCUGAUGGCCUUUUAGGAAAUCUUUUCUAAGUCAUCAUUCCCUUUUAUGCCAAAAUAGUGAAAUUGUUUCCUCUGUUCAAGUAAAUCCAACAGUGAGUCUGAUUCAUGAAAUAAAACUAAUGGAAUCUG